AUGCAAAUCAACUGGAUUCUACUGAUACUCAUAUUUUUCUGCAUGAUUGCCAAUCACAUAAAUUGUGCCCCUCUAUUGUUCGAAAAUAAUGCACUUAAUGACAUUGCCGAAGGUUUAGUAGACGACAACAAAUCUGCAGAACGUGGCGAUUCAAGCGAAAACAAACAGAAGAUUCUCGAAGCAAAUGAACUGAUCUCAACAUCAUCGGAAGAGUCCAACAAUAAGCAAGAAAUAAUUCUGUCAGAUUAUAUGAAUACAGAACAACAGAAUAUCAGAGAAAAUAGUGACGAACAACUCAACGAAUUUUUCUUCAGAUAA